AUGUUAUGACACUGACAGACAGCAACUUGAACCUCAACCACCACCCAUCACCGCGUCCUACGUUCAGUUUCCUUGUUUCCUCCUCAUUCCUGUUUCAUUUCAGCGACUCGAUAUUUCACCGAGGGUUUGUUAUACGGAUACAAGAGGACCUUGCAGUAAAUUGUCACCGGAGUGCCAUAACCGUCGGCUCGAACUCAAGAAUAUUCGUAGCCUGGCCUGAUUGGUAUCCCUAACGUACGAAGGAAGAAGAUACAGUGGAAACUUUAAGUUGUAUGGCUGAGUCGCGUUCCAACCAAAGAUGUUCAUGUGUGCCGGGGGGUCAAUCUACUGCUAUUCAGGCGAAUACAAUGUCUAAACAGCAAUCCAACAAUAUUUCGACGCACCGUGACGUUCAUAGACCGAUUUUGUGCCACAGGUGCCGACACGUAGUCGAUACCCCCAAUAUUCGUCCGCUCCACACAAUCGAACCUCGAUUUCUUCGUAACGAUUACAUACCUUCUAAAGUGGAGAUGUCCGAAUUGAAAGAUCUGUUGAAGGAAGGAGAGAGGGAGCUCAAGCGUUAUGAGGUGGAUAUGGCACUGUUGCAGCAAACACUGGAGCGGCCGGGAAAUGCAAAGAGUGUUGUGGAGACCAGGGCCAAGCAAUGUCGGGCUGCUAUUUCUGCUCAACGGAGGGUACCCGUGGAGAUGUGGGAGAUGAUCUUCUCCAAGUUAUGCUUGUCGCUUUGCGAAUAUUCAUUCGAUGUCACUGUUCAAGUUGCCUACCGCUCGGAUUCGCCGCUCCUUGGACUCCCUGCGACUAUUAUCUCUCAAGUUUGCCGCGAUUGGAGGACGAUUGCUAAGGGAUUGCCUAAGCUUUGGUCUUCCAUCACCGUCAAUCUCUCCAACCCGUCAUAUAACAUCGGUUCACCUCUCGAGGUCUAUUUUUCGAAUUCAGGGGAUUAUCCUUUGAAACUACGAAUUGUAGGCGCUCCACCUCUCUCGGAGUCGUCAAGGGGUCUGGAUUUAUGGAAUUCGUCUUCUAGACACAUCCACAGAAGCCGGGAGCUCACCAUGGUGAUGGAUGUCAACCGCGCCGCGCUUAUUAAUUUUCUCCCUCCUGGUCAACGACUGACCUUUCCUAAUCUCGAAUCGUAUCGCGAAGAACGUGCCACGCCCGCCUGGCCCUGGUUCCGGCAAGCCAUUCAGAAGUCACCAAAACUCGCCGUGUUUUCUAGCUACCGAGUAAAUCGUGCUAUACCCUCUCCUCAGCUAACAUCUUGGGAAGUUCGACGUAUCUGGCGUUCUACGGACGUGGAUAACUUUCUCGAUGUUGCACGGAGCUGUAAAGCCCUCAAAUUCCUUACGUUGUCAUGCAUCCGGAAUCUGGGUACUCGUCGCAAUCUCCCUGUGACUGUUCGAGAGGUCAACUUGCCGUCCCUUCGUCAAUUAUUAGUCAGGACCUAUCGGGACAAGUAUAGCUGGUUGCUCAGCAUCUUCGGCUCCCUCGUCAUGCCCUCUCUCGAAAGAUGUUUUAUCCGCCAUUGUACAUGGCUUCUACCUUCCACGUUAGUCGACAUGGUUCGACGAUCCUCUAUUUCGCUCAAACAAAUUACGCUUGAACUAUUCCAAGACCGGGAUCCAAACUCAUGUAGGGAUCCACUUCUGCUCGAUAUGUUGCAAGCUGCUCCCAAAUUGACUCGUUUUGAGUUGACCUUGGGCAUAGUGUCGAGCACCAAAAUUAGGCCUCGCACAGCAUUUGUCGAUGACAUGGUCUCCGCCCUCCUUUCCAAAUUCGAAGACGGGCCUCCCGAUUUUCUCCCACAACUUGACUAUCUCUCCCUCGAACUUCCGUUUGUCACGUUGGACACGCAACUCGUGAAGCGCAUAUUGGAGGUGGUGGCGGCAAGGCAGCGUGCGCCUCAUCCCUUUUCAGAAUUUCGCCUCGUCCGUAUUAGGUAUGGGACAGAAGCUGAUGAGUAUGAUGAUUUCGUCAUGGGGCCUGAACUGCUCGAGAGAAUCAGAGUGCUAAAAGAAAGUGGAGUCAAGGUUGUUGUCGAGGACCGUCACGCCACAAGAUUGAUGAUACUUAGUACCGUUGAAAUUGCAGAAUCACCGGAAGAGUUACAAGAUUCAAUCUCUAGCAGUUGAUUUAUCAUAUUUCGGCAUCCUACAGGCUACGGGGUCCAAUGAAGGAUUUAAUUUCCUAAUAAUAAUAUAUCAUACGCC